ACCAAACAAACAGACUGAAGACUUUUAACAGAACCAAACAUGAGUCACGUGGACGUGAAGAACCUGAAGCCGUCCAAGUUCGAGGAGGAUCAUUUCGAUGAGUAUGAAUAUUACAACCUGAGCGAUAAAUACACAGAGGGUUCGGCCCGGAAAGGCAGAACCAAGAAGGAGGCCAGUGAGAACACGAACCGACACAAUCCUGCAGGACACGAGAGGAAGAUCCAGGAGAAGCUUCAGAACAGCGACAAGAAGGCCAAGGAGUGAAGCCUGAGCAGGGCUACUCGGACGGCUUCUCCCGGACACGAACCACGGCCUCAUGGUGACGGACUGAGACGUGCGGACUGCAGGACCUCUGCUGGACCUCUGAUGGACCCGAGGAACCUGCAGAUCCUCUCUUCAUGCCUCUGCAGGGAUUGUGAAACGCUCCCGAGUUCUGGCUCCGCCCGGGACAGUGAAGCUCCAGGACCUGUGGUGUUGCAGCUGGAUGAUUUUAUUUUGUUGUUGCAUUAAAGUGUUUUAAACGAC